ACCGUAACCUAACGUCAUUUCCGUUCAUUUAAAAAUCCAGCUCUCUGGUGUUACUCUGAGGUAAAAGCGAGGAUAAAACAUGAAUGUGAGUUUUUCCCCACCUCAGCUGUUACAGAGGUAGUUGUGUGUCAGAGAUAAGUGUUUCCUCUGAGUGAAGCUUGACCGGUGUGUGUGUGUGUGAGUGUGUGAGUGUGUUUUGAGGACAGAGCGUGUUGUGUAGUAUGGUACUAUGGCUGAGUCGAGCAGCUCGAGCGUUUCGCACGCGGUUCCGAACGGGUCCAGUCGGCACGAGAAGAGUUUGGGACUCCUCGCCAUCAAAUUCGUCACACUGCUUCAAGAGACCAAAGACGGCAUCCUCGAUUUAAAAGUGGCUGCGGAGUGCCUGGCCGUCAGACAGAAGAGAAGGAUCUACGACAUCACGAAUGUCCUCGAAGGGAUCGGGCUCAUCGAGAAAAAGACUAAAAACACCAUCCAAUGGAAGGGAGAGAGUUCAGGCUGCCAGCCUCAGGAGAUCCUAGAGCAGGUGGAACUUCUGAAAGCUCAGAUAGCUGAGCUGGAGAGGCAAGAAAGAGAGCUGGAUAUGCAGAAAGCAUGUCUGCAGCAAAGCAUCAAACACCUACAGGAAGACCCCAACAGCAGCAGAUAUAAUUAUGUGACUCAUGAGGACAUAUGUGACGUGUUCAGCGGAGACACGCUCCUGGCAGUAAUGGCACCUGCAGGGACGCAGCUGGAAGUCCCUGUGCCAGAAGUGUCUCAGAAUGGCCAGAAGAGAUACCAGGUGAAUCUGCGGAGCCACUCGACUCCCAUCCAGGUGCUGCUGAUCAACAGAGAGACUUGUGGAUCCAGACCUGUUGUCUUCUCCGUGCCGCCCCCGGAUGAUAUUUGUGCCAUGCCCACUCCGCCCAGCACACCUGCCAGCCUGCAGAAGUACCCUGUCACUUCAGAGUCCUACAGUUUGGAGCACAGCCAGCUCAAGAGCCCAGUGCCUGAGCACCAGCUCACUCCCUUGUCUACUCCACCUGAUGUUCAUAUGGAGUGCCACUCUGAAUCCCCUGGCAGUCAGUGCUUGUUGAUGCAGCCCCUUGGUGAACCAGAGGCUUCAGCGCAGCCUCAUGGAGAUCUGGGAGGACAGGAUAUGCAGUCCAUGCUGGAUGUGGGAAAUCUGCUCCGACUCAACACUGUGGACCAAAUGAAGGAGGAAAGAGAGGGUGUUGCUGAUCUCAUUGAUGAACUCAUGUCAUCUGAUGUCUUCCCCCUGUUGCGCCUCUCGCCCAACCACAGUGUGGAUUACAGUUUCAACCUCGAUGACAACGAGGGAGUGUGUGACCUGUUUGAUGUCCAGAUUCUGAAUUAUUAAGAAAAGCCAAAUUCUUCUGGGGACUUUGGCACAAUUGUCUUCCCCUCCAUGGUAACACUCCAGAGCAUUGCCACUAAUAAACGCCAACAGCCACAUUCAAAACAAUCACUCUGUGUUCUCCACACACUGCACCUUGGCCUGAAUUCAUAUUAAUAUUCAUGUCUCUCCUUACCAGAAUGCUCCCCCCCCCCUCUGUUUUCCCUAUAUGACAUAUUAAACACCACAUUAUGAAUCUUACUGGAAAUUUUGAUACCAUCAGGUAUCAAAAUGAUUUUGAUACCAUUAAUAGCCACUAACGAGUGCAAAAUUAAUCAGUCUACAUUGACAUAUGUGUAAUGUAAGUUGAGAGAUUAUAUCACUUUCAAUUUCAUUUUUGUCCUUUUCCACCUUUUUUUGG